AUGUCUUUGUUCCGUUCUUCUUUAUUUUUGCUAGCAUCGGCUUCCGUGGUCUGCGCUCAAUAUCCAUGGGAGCGGGAGUUCUGGUCGAAGAAUAAAACCGAGACUUCUACUGUAAUUUCUUCCACUCGGGCUGAUGAUCAAUAUGAGGAUUUUGAUCUGUCGCAAUUCGAAGAUAUCACGGACUUUGGCGAAGAUCUGGCUACAAAGAGACCGGACUUGAUGAAGGAGAUCAACGAGUUCAUUGGGGACAAUGGCACACGUUUUUGUGAUCCGUGUGUUACCGCGGCUGACUAUUUGAGAAGCAAUAGCUACGAGGUUACCGCUUCAGUUGGAACUAUUAUCAUUACUGUAGGUCCAAAACACUCUAAUCAGCUCUAAAAAUUCUUUAGAGAGUAUGCCCGUCGUUGGUUUCGUUCUCUGCCGGCCAAAUGUUUUGCGCUUUUGCCUCAGGCACUGCAGGCCAUAAAUUCGGCCAAGCUGUGGCCGCAGCCGUCGCUAAAUGGGAGCCAGAAGACGUGUGUAAAACCUUGAAGAUGUGUUGA